CCGAAGAUGGCUACGGUAGACGGCAACGGAAUGGAACAACACAAGCCACAUUUUGAAAUUCGGACAAAAUCAAUCGAACAGACGUUAGUUCCCCUUGUGACACAGAUCACCACGCUCGUCAACCACAAGGAGAAGCCGAUCGCGUCAGCGAAAACAUGCCGUGCGAUCGUGCGAGUGGGACAGGCUGCGAGCCUCGCCGUCGAAAGAUUCGUCGCAGUGGGAGAAGCUAUCGCUGACGAGCAUCCUGAGAUCAGACAGGACAUGUACGAAGCCUGCAAGGAAGCUCACAUGUCAGGCUCGGCGAUAGCUAAGCUAACCGACAUGAGGUGGGACGAUCAGAGCAGCCGUGCCGUGGGGCUUGCGGAGAAGGUGGUCAUGAUCAAGGCGGCACGCUCCCUGCUCUCCGCUAUCACACACGUGCUCGUGCUUGCUGACAAAAUCGUCGUCAAACAGCUGCUGCAGGUCCAGGACAAGGUGGCCGGCAGUCUGGACCGGCUAGAGCAGGUGACCAACUUCACCGAGUUUGUGAAUGUCUUCAGCCAGUUCGGUCAGGAGAUGGUUGAGCUGGCACACUUAACGGGUGACAGGCAAAACGAUCUGAAGGAUGAGAAAAGGAGAGCGCAGAUGGGUGUCGCGAGGAGUGUGCUGGAGAAAGGAACCAUGAUGCUGCUAACUUCCUGUAAGACGCUGCGGUCACAGCUGUUGGCCAUGCUGCAGGCUGGAGCCGCGCGGGAGAACGAUUUGCCGAGUUCCGACUUUGAGUCGUUGGCUCUGAAGGUGAAGAAGACUUCGCAGGAGUUUCGAAAGCAGGUGCAGGACACGGCGCUCGAGCAGGCAAACGACGUGUUUGGCUCGAGCACGGAUACAGAGGUCGUCGCGGCGAUGAAGACGGCGGGCGUGGCCGUGACCUUGACAGGGAUUGACGAGCUGACCUUGCAGCUGCUGGAACAUUCCGAGCAGUUACAGGAGCGCCGGCCAUGUGGCGCCGAACAGCGCAGAGGAACGAACUUCAAGAGAGCGCCUCGACCACAGGUGAUCUCGGCCGCUCAGACGCUCUCGACACAUCCGUCGAGCAAGAUAGGUAAGGAGAACCUUGACAUCUUCUGCGACGCGUGGGAGAUGCAGGUCAGUGACACGUCUGUUCUCGUCAAGGAGGUCACCGACGCUUGCUUCGGACGCAUCGCCGCUGAGAAGCAGACCUACAUGUCGCUGCCGCGCCCCGGGAAACAUGGCACGACAGCAAAGUGGCUUCGACCGGCAAGACUUAACGCUGAGGAACAAGCGAAGAUUGCCAAGCUGGGCCUCGAGAUGAAGCUGAUCACGUCUGAGAUGGACGCGGAGACGGAGAAGUGGGAGGAGGCGGAGAACGACGUCGUCAAGCGAGCGAAGAACAUGUCGAGCAUGGCCUUCAGUAUGUACCUGUUCACGCGUGGCGAGGGCCCACUCAAGACCACACAGGACCUCUUCACUCAGGCCGCUUACUUCGCCGAGGAAGCUAACAAGCUGCACAAGUCCGUCAAGGAGUUCUUGUUUCAGGUUCCGAAUGGCCCGCAGAAGUCGGACUUGCAGAUGUACCUUGACAAAGUUCCACCUCUAAUCCAGCAGCUGCUGUUCACUAUCAAGUCGCCCACCAUCGGCAAGGCUGCUACCUUUAACAAGGUGGACAGUGUCAUUCAGGAAACGAAGAACUUGAUGAAUGCCAUAGCUAAGCUGGUGACCACCUGUCUUAUCUGUGCGACCAAGUACAGCAUAGACUAUCGUGGGUCCCCGCACAUGGCACACAGGUGGCGCCAGCAGCCACCGAUGAACGGUAAUGGCGAUGAUGCGAGCACAUCGUCGGACACGAGCGGGAUCCUGCGCAGCGCGUCGGCCCAGAAGAGCCUCAGCAACCUAGCAAGCUACGGCAACAUUGGGCAAUGACCUUCAGCAUGCGGACACACGACCUUCGGCAGUACGAAUUAAGGCAGGCGACCAUCAGCGAGAGAGCACGUGAGACCUUUUACGUGAGCUUCCAUGUAGGAGUAUGUGACCUUGAGGAGUAUGUGACCUUGAGGAUAUUGUGACCUUGACAGCUUAAGUAUGCCGCCGUGCUGGAACAGAAGCACUCCCAUACAGAGAAAGAUACGCCAGUCUGAAGUUGACAAAUAGUGGUUGGAACAUAUAUCUGUGUACGUGUACAUGUUUGUAGGUGUAAUGAGAACAAGUAGUUGGACAUCGUCAUCGUAUAAUGUUGUAGGUAUUCACUGAUGCUGACAUAUUUAAAUUGUUUCAGCUAUUGUAUCCAGUAACAAGUCCAGUUCCAGGUAUCUCCAUUAUAUAUAUAUAUAUAUAUAUAUAUAUAUUAAUGGCUAAUGCAUGUACAUAUUUAGCAGUUCCAUUAAGCAACUACUCAUUAUGAUUAGGGUUCGUAACAAACUUUGGUUCACAGUGGUGCUAUUAAAAAAUCCAGUACAGGUCAGAUUGGUGUCGUGAAUUUGUGUGUCAGCUCUCUUUCAGAAUGUGUCGUCACAUAUUACACGGGGAACCCAGCCUCACGUCUAACGCGUAAACCGGAAUAAGUGUGUUGAAGGGGAAUUCUGUACAAGUGCUUAAUUAUUACAUGAUUAAUAUGCAGCUAUUGUUGUAACGCAUUGAGAAAAGUAACUCAGGAGGGUGUGAGAGUAUGAACAAAUGCAGGAUGUUAAUUGUAAGUAUGUUUAAUCUGUAUAUAGUUUUGCUUUAAUAAAUAACUAAUCGUCGAGAGAAGCACGA